AUGGACUCCUUGAGAGUAUUAGCAAAUUUACCUGUUGAUAUUGAAAGGUUAACGACAUGGGCAAAGUGCUCGCUUAUGGUUUCGGAGAUGCUUUUCACUAUUUUAAUUGAGAUGGAAUCCGAAAUUAUUUUGAGAGACUUCUAUGUAGAUGACCUGCUAAGUGGAGCCGACACUGAAGAAGAAGCUCGUCACAUUCAAAGUGAAAUAAUAAAUUUACUGAAAAAAGUAGGAUUCAAUAUCAGGAAAUGGAAAUUCAAUAAAAAACUGAAAAACCCAGCAAACCUCUUGUUGGACGACAAGAGUGGCCCAACGAGAACACUCGAGCUCCGAAUGUCGACUAACCAAAAGGAAAUGAUAAUGCAAGAAAUAUGGAAAAACAACACCUCAUGGGACGAAUCACCACCAGAGCAAAUAAGAAACGCUUGGAAGAACUUCAAAAUCGAGCUUCCAAAACUAGAAGAAAUUCAAGUGCAACGUUGGAUUCAUCUAAACCGCUCUCAACAUCUGGAAUUACACGGAUUCUCAGAUGCAUCCCUAAAGGCAUAUGGCGCAGCAGUAUACACCAAAACCAUGGACAACAGUGGAAAAAUACAAGUACGACUGCUCACAUCAAAAACAAAAGUUGCACCGUUAAGGAACACGAAAACAAUCCCUCAGUUAGAACUCUGUGCAGCUCUCCUCUUGGCAAAACUCAUCAAGCGCUGCAUUACGGCUCUGGAGCACAACAAUACAAAGAUUUACGCCUGGUCCGACUCGAAAGUUGUCUUAUCAUGGAUAAACGCUGAUGCGGGAAAAUGGAAAGCUUUUAUCGCCAUCAGAGUUCAAUGCAUCCAGAAGCUUCUAGGUCAAAAGAGUGCAAAAGGUAAAUAUUGUGGAUACAAACAUGAUACAAAGAAGAAAUGCCCAGCCUUGGGAAAAACUUGUGCCAUUUGCCAAGGAAGGAACCAUUUCGCAUCUGUUUGUAGAAACAAAGGAAAGAAGAAUCAAACUAGAAAAGGAAACGAGACAUCUGAGAGAAGGAAGAAAGUUGAUGACGUACAGAAGAAAGAAGAUAGAACAGACCAAGAAGACAGUGAUAGUGAUGAGUUUUUCGUUGAUUCAGUGAAAUCAGUAGGUGCUGUAGGUGUAAACAAGGAAGAAGAUACAAUGUGGAAACAGAAACUUAUUUUUGAUGGAAAAGAAAUUGAAUUUAAAUUAGACACUGGUGCUGAAGUAAGUAUUCUUCCAGCAUAUGUACUUGAUCGUUGCAAAAUUUUGAAAGUUAAACCUACGAAAGUAACUUUAGUAGCAUAUGGUAGUGAUAAAUUCAAAAUAAGGCCAAUAGGAGAAAUUUCUUUAGAAUGUAGUUGUAAGAACAGAAAUGCAAUUGUUGAUUUCAUUGUAGUCGAUUGUAAAAAUCAAGUUCCAUUACUCGGUUUAGCUGGUUGUAUGGCAUUGAAAUUAAUCAGACGAGUUGAUAAUGUGGUAAAAAAUGUUAAUACAAAUUUCAGAUCACUCGAGGAAUUGAAGUCCAAGUAUCCUCAGGUAUUCAAAGGUUUAGGUAGAUUUCCGAAUGAUUAUCAUAUAACGUUGAAAGAUAAUGCAGUACCUACAAUUUCACCAAUCAGACGUGUGCCACAAACUUUAAGAAAUAAAUUAAAAAAUAAACUUGAUGAUAUGUGUAGAUUAGGUGUUAUAAAGAAGGUUGACAAACCAACGUCUUUUUUACAUCCACUAGUAAUUGUAGAAAAACCUAAUGGUGAUAUAAGAUUGUGUCUUGAUCCAAAAAGUUUGAAUGAAAGCAUCAAACGCGAACACUUUCUUAUACCAUCUCUUGAAGAAAUUUCAUACAAAUUAAGUAACAAAAGAUUCUUUAGCGUUCUUGAUAUGAAGGAUGGGUAUUGGCAGAUUGCUUUAGAUGAGGCAAGCUGUGAUUUGUGCACCUUUGGUACGCCUUUUGGAAGGUAUCAAUUCACUAGAUUGGCAUUUGGUAUUAAUUCGGCGCCAGAAGCAUUCCAAAAGAAAAACUAUAAGGUAUUUGGUGAUAUUGAUGGUGUUGGAUUAUAUUUUGAUGACCUGAUCAUAAUAGGCGAAACAGAAGCUGAACAUGACAAAAAUUUAAAAGAAGUUCUUGAUAGAGCUGUUAAAUAUAAUUUAAAAUUUAAUUUUUCCAAAAUUCAGUUCAAAAAGGAUAAUGUCAGAUAUAUGGGUCAAAUAUUUUCUAAGAAAGGAAUCUCUACUAAUGAAAGUUAUACAGAUGCUAUUAUUAAAAUGCCGAAUCCCCAAAAUAAAACUCAGUUGUUAAGAUUUUUAGGCAUGGUUAAAUAUGUUAGUAAAUUUAUACCAAAUAUGUCGAAAAUUAGUGCAUCAUUAAGAAAUUUGACAAGAAAUGAUGUUGAGUGGCAGUGGUCAGCAGAACAUCAAGCAGCGGUUGACAAUCUUAAACAAUUAAUUGUCAAUGCACCUGUUUUAUCGUUCUUUGAUCCUAAGAAACCUAUUGUAAUAGAAACAGAUAGUUCGAAAGAUGGGUUAGGAAGUGUCCUUAUACAGGAUGGUCAUCCUAUCGCAUUCGCUUCACGAAGCUUAACAAAAAGCGAAGUCAAAUACAGUCAAAUUGAAAAAGAGUGUUUAGCAAUUCUUUUUAGUGUACAGAAAUUUCAUUUCUUCAUAUAUGGUUUACCAGUGCUGAUCAAUAGUGAUCAUAAACCACUUGAAUCAAUAUUUAAGAAGGAGUUAUCGUCAGCAACUCCAAGAGUACAAAGAAUGAGACUGAAAUUAUUAAGAUACAAUGUGACAAUUAAAUAUAAACCAGGAAAAUAUCUAUUUAUAGCUGAUGCUUUAUCGCGAGCUUUUUUGAAUAAUCCAGAUUUAAAAUCCAAUGCAGAAAUAGAAUAUUCUGUUCAUUGCGUGACAAAAUAUUUACCAAUAUCAGAUAAACGUAAAUUACAAAUUAGUGGGGAAAUAAAUAAUGAUCUUGUUUUGAAGCAGGUGAAAACAUUUAUUGAUACUUGUUGGCCUGAUAAAAAUAAAAUUAUAGGAGAACUUAAACAUUUUUUCAAAAUUAGAGAAGAGCUUUAUGUUGAAAGUGAUUUAAUAUUCUUUAAAAAUAAAUUAGUAUUACCUAUAAAAAUGAAAGCUGAGAUGCUUCAGUUGUUACAUCAAGGUCAUUUUGGCAUUGAAAAAACCAAAGCUUUGGCGAGGAGCAUAUUUUAUUGGCCAGGACAGGCAAAGGAUGUUGAGCAUUUUGUGAAAUCUUGUAAAAAGUGUGAAAGAUUUGCUCGUAAAAAUCCUAAACAAUCUCUGUUACCUUAUCCAUUACCUCAAAGACCCUGGGAACGCUUGGGAACUGAUAUAUUCACUUAUAGUAAUCAAAGUUAUAUAGUACUAUUUGAUGCUUACUCAAAUUGGUUGGAAAUACUACCGAUCCCAGAUAAAAGUGCUUAUUCUACCAUAAAAGCAAUAAGACCUGUAUUUGCUAGGUUUGGUCCCCCAGACUCUCUAGUAGCAGAUAAUGUACCCUUCAACAGUUUACAUUUUAGAAAAUUCGCUGAUUCUUGGAAUUUUAGAUUACUGUUCAGAAGUCCACAUUUUGCACGCUCAAAUGGGUUGGCUGAAAAGGCUGUAUCCAUAGCAAAGAAUAUUUUUAAAAAAUCGGAAAGGAAGGAUAUUGAUAGUGCUUUGUUAAAUUAUAGAAAUUCACCACUCAAAUAUAUGGAUUAUUCUCCAGCACAAUUAUUGCUUAGUCGUAGAUGUAAAACUAAGGUACCAAUUUCUGAUAGGUUACUACAUCCUGAAUUGUGUCAGAAUGUUCAUGAGAAGUUAGAAAAGAAAAGAGAGAUUAAUCUAUAUAAUUUUAAUAAAACACGUAAUAAAAAUUUGCCUGUACUCAACAAAGAUGAUAAUGUAACUAUUUAUAAUCAUUACCAAAAGACAAGGGAACCAGGUGUUAUUGUAAACAAACAUGAGGCUCCUAGAUCUUAUAUAGUUAAGAAUAACAUGGGAAAUAAUGUUAGAAGAAAUCGUCAUGAUAUAAAACUAUCUAAAAAUGAUUGA